UGAUACCUAUCUUAAACAUUGUUUUAUGCUUGUUUUGGGUAAAUGAUUCUUCAGUACCUGUCUAUCGUUGAGCAACAUUCCUAUCAGUCAAACAUAUUCUCCAGAUGUCAAACGUGAGCUGUUGAUGCUUUCUUUACCUGCAAUUUUGGGUCAGGCCAUUGAUCCCUUAGCACAGCUAAUGGAGACUGCUUACAUUGGUAGAUUGGGUUCUGUGGAGUUGGCUUCAGCUGGUAUUUCAAUGAACAUCUUCAAUUAUAUAUCAAAGCUAUUUAAUAUCCCUCUCCUCAAUGUUGCUACAUCUUUUGUUGCUGAAGAUCUUGCAAAGAGUGAAAGUAUAGCUUCUACUUCAGGAGACAUUACUAAUGGUAAACCCGAACGUACUGAUGGAGUAACUGAGAGAAAACAGCUAUCUUCAGUGUCUACAGCUUUACUAUUAUCAGUGGGGAUUGGGAUUUUUGAGGACGUAGCCUUGUCUUUGGGAUCUGGAUUGUUUCUGAAUAUGAUGGCCAUAUCAAUGUGUGCAGGUAUUGGUAAUCUCCUAGCUGCAUUUUUAUUACCCAUCCUUAUGUAUUAUUUUGGUUUGGGUGUAACUGGUGCAACCCUUUCCACUGUUAUAUCUCAAUACACUGUCACCUUUUUAAUGAUCUGGUUUUUAAAUAAGAGAGCUAUACUAUUGCCUCCAAAGGUGGGAUCAUUGCAAUUUGGUGGAUACAUAAAAUCAGGUGGUUUUCUUCUUAGAACAACUCUUGCUGUUCUUACUACCUUGACAUUGGGAACAUCAAUGGCUGCUCGUCAAGGUCCAGUAGCUAUGGUUGCUCAUCAGAUAUGUAUACAAGUUUGGUUGGCUGUAUCCCUUCUAACUGAUGCAAUGGCUGCAUCUGGUCAGGCCCUGAUUGCUACUUAUUUAUGUAACGGUGAAUACAAAAUUGUGAAAGAAGUUGCUGACUCCGUGUUAAAGGGUCUAAAAGAAAUGGUUGAGUGUUUGUCUGGAACUUUGACUAAGUCAACUGAUGCUAUUGGGCAAGACGAUAUUGAAGGUCCAGGAAUGAAACCAACAAACCUCCUGAGUCAUUCAGGUCAAAAAAUCUCCAACCCACUUUGGAAUGGCAGAACAAGUGUUUGA